CCCCGCCUGACUAAAAAGAGGUCCUUUCCCAGAAUAAUUAAAGCCCACAGAGAGCGUUUUUCACGGCAGGGUCAUCUUACUCCAUAUUACAUAUUCGCACGGAGACCCUCUUCCGCAGGGGUCACAGGUAAUCCUCACCACCCCUUCAGAACCCACAGAGGAGCUGCCCCCUCCCUCGGCUCAACUCCGGGGAGGCUGCAAAGUGCCACCAAAGGGAGACGAAGCCGUAACGCUUCUCAGCGCCCUCUCGUCGGCCACCGAAUGUCAAGCCCCGCAACGGGGGCGCCAACCGAGGGGGAGGUGUUCAGGGGAAGAGGCGCCCGCCUCCCGCUCUAUUUCUGCGCGGUGCUCGUCUCCCCACUCCAAUCUGCUUCGGUGGCUCCUCAGCUUUUCCACCGAUGCCGCGGGCGACAACCCAAGGACCGGCGCCCAGUCGCGACGGGGCGGAGGAAAAAAAAAAAAAAAAAACCCCGGGAAAGCCAAGAAACUCGCGCCUGACCUCAGCGCUGGGAGCGGCCGCCCAGCGGGCUCACGCGGCUGACCAAUAAAAGCGCGGCGAGCGGCGCCGGCCGUCGAGUGCUUGUUGCCGUCGCUGCCUCGCUCCUGACUGACUUGACUGACUUGACUGAGCGCCUCGAGGUGCCGCAGCCCGGCCGGCCGGAGGGACUUGACUUGGGGUCGGGGUUGGCUGGCGAGCGAAGGGCAAGAUGCUGUUUUGGCACACGCAGCCGGAGCAUUACAACCAGCACUCGACGGGCAGCUACUUGCGUGAUGUGCUUGCACUGCCAUUCUUUAAACAAGAAGAGCCUCAACUUUCCCCCGAGAAUGAUACAAAACUCCCUCCAUUUCAAUAUGUGCUGUGUGCAGCGACAUCUCCUGCCAUAAAACUUCAUGAAGAGACUCUGACUUAUCUCAACCAAGGUCAGUCAUAUGAAAUCCGCCUACUUGAGAAUAGGAAAUUGGGAGAGUUCCAAGAUUUAAACACAAAAUAUGUGAAGAGCAUUAUUCGGGUAGUUUUUCAUGAUCGGCGUUUGCAAUAUACCGAGCACCAACAGCUAGAAGGCUGGAGAUGGAGUCGCCCUGGAGACCGCAUCCUUGACAUAGAUAUCCCACUGUCAGUUGGUAUCUUAGAUCCCAGAGCAAGUCCCACCCAGCUGAAUACAGUUGAAUUUCUGUGGGAUCCAUCUAAGAGAGCAACUGCGUUUAUUCAGGUACACUGUAUUAGUACGGAAUUUACUCCAAGGAAACAUGGAGGGGAGAAAGGGGUACCAUUCCGAGUACAAAUGGAUACAUUUAAACAGAAUGAAAACGGAGAGUAUACAGAACACUUGCAUUCUGCAAGCUGCCAGAUCAAAGUAUUUAAGCCUAAAGGAGCAGAUAGGAAACAGAAAACAGACAGAGAAAAAAUGGAGAAGAAAACCACUCAAGAAAGGGAGAAAUAUCAGCCUUCCUAUGAUACAACCAUUCUCACUGAGUGUUCCCCAUGGCCAGAUGUGCCUUAUCAAGUGAACAACGCUCCAUCUCCAAAUUACAACAGCUCUCCAAACAGUUUCAGCCUUGGAGAUGGCAACAGUUCUCCAACUCAUCAGGUGGAGGUCCUGCCUUCCAGCAAUGAUCAUCUCCUUCCCUCUGCUUCUAUUCAAGAUGCUCAGCAGUGGCUUCAUCGAAAUAGGUUUUCUCAGUUCUGUAGACUAUUUUCAAGUUUCUCAGGUGCCGACUUACUGAAGAUGUCCAAAGAAGACUUUGUUCAGAUUUGUGGCCCAGCUGAUGGCAUUCGACUUUUUAAUGCCAUUAAAGGAAGGAAUGUAAGGCCUAAGAUGACCAUUUAUGUCUGUCAAGAACCUGAGCAAAAUCGGUUUCAUCUUCAUCAAAAACGAGAGAAUGGAGAUGGUAAUCUUUGUAUAUACCAUGCUAUCUUCUUAGAAGAGUUAACAACCCUGGAGUUGAUGGAGAAGAUUGCAAACUUGUACAGUAUUUCCCCACAGCAGAUAAACCGGAUCUAUCGGCAGGGACCUACAGGGAUCCAUGUGUUAGUGAGCAACGAGAUGGUACAAAACUUUCAAGAUGAAUCUUGUUUCAUCAUCUCUACACUGAAAGCUGAAAGUAACGAUGGCUACCAUAUUAUUCUGAAAUGACCCACUCCUCUGUAUAUUUGGACUUGGAACAGCUUUACAGCACGAUGUCUCAUUCUCCUUCCUGUAACUCAGUCUAUAAAGAUAGAAAAUCCAUUGGAUAAAGUACUGUUAUUAACCAAAUGCCCAAACAAGGAGAUUAAAGUGUGUGGUGUUUGGAGACUUGAGGACCACAUAAUGUCUUUGCUUUGUUACUGAUCUAGUGAUAGUUUGAUUCAAGGGCUUUGUUAAGAAAGUCUUGAAAUGAGCAGAUGAAAUAAGCUGAUGCAAUAAACCACCAACUUUUGGAAUUCAUCUUGGAUGUGAAUUUGAAAUUAACUGGGCUUAUUUUAUUGUCUCCUCUCUUUCCAGACAGUUAUAGGAAGUUAAUUGCAGGCUUUUAUAACUGAUUUGUACUGCUUUUCCCCUUAAAGCAGUAUUUUUUUAAUACUGCUUUGGCAACUUGAAGAUGUGCGGACUUCAGCUGUCAGAAUUUCCCAUGCCUUCAAAUUGCCAAAGUUGAUAACACUACUUCAGAGCAAAGAAACUAUCUUCUAAACUCAUCAUGAGAAAAAGUUUCUGCACUCUGUUCAUAUUAACAAAGGUUUUCUUUUUCCUUUAUUUCCUGAUCUUUUAUACCUCCAGUUUCCAUUUUUAAACUUUUAAUUCAUUUCUUUUUACGAGCUUCAGAGUUCAAACUAAAACUAGGACAAAUAGGGUCAGAUCUUACUUACAACUGAAUGAUGCCACUAGUAGCUGGCUUAUUUACAUUAUACAACUUGACUUUCCUUCAGGUUUAUUGCAUACAUGAAAAGGGGCUGAUUUUUGAGUGGGGAAAUGGGAGAUUGCUUUCCCACCAUUAUAGCUAAGAGAACUACAAUACCCCUCAUGGAACUGGGUGAGAUUUGACUCUGAAAGACAAUAAAAAUGCAUGUGUACAUAGUUGUUAAACAAAAACCUAGCCGCACUCAAGGCUGGACAUUAAGCUUUACAUUUAAGCCAGUGAUAUGUUCAAGAACAAAGCAUUUUUUUUUCAAAUAAAGUAAAAUGGCUCAAUUCACUACAUAGGUAGAAAGCUAUAAGCAUAAUCAGGAAUAUCUGGCUUUUGUGUCUUGGACUUAUAAUACGUGUGAAAAAACGCUCUUAUUUCUGUGGUUAUUCCAUAGCUCUGAUGGUAAUUCCAUGCCUUCGUCUCAAAGCUUUAAAGAGAACGUUGCUGCUAAAGAAGGAAAAUGGGUGGAUAUGCCACUUCUGUUUUUUCAUGCUUUCUAAUCUGAAAAUGUAACCUGCAGGAAUGUACAUGCUUUAUAUGUUAAAGUUCCUUCCACAAGGAGUGUGGACUUUCACAUCUCUAACCUUUGGAGUGGGGAGAGGCAAAUCUUACAUUGCUCUCACUUCUCUUCGACAUUGCAAAGAAUUGCAUAGAAAUCACAUUAAAUUGGAUGGAAACAUGUCUAAUAUUACAUUUUAUAUGCAUUUAAGACAGAUACUUGCACCCUGAUAAAUUGAAUGGGUGGGUGUGCAAAAGUAGCUUCUGUACAAAAAAUCCCUGUUGAAUUAGAAACAUAUAUAAAGAAAGCUAAUGUACGUCUAUCUCCCAUGAUUGUGUGAUAGACCCCGGAUUGGAAUUGUGCACACAAAGAUAGACAACAUUGGUUGAGAUGGCAGAUUAUAUGCAGCUGCAUCAUGUGGCAUUUGAUUGGCAUCUGUUAAGUGCUCAGGGCCAGAAUCCUCAUAUGUAGAGAUAACGUCUUAGGCCAGAAUUUUGAUUUAUAUAUGUUUUGCUUUCAUCAAGCUCUUGAAAUAAAGCAAAAUAUUGAACUAUUAUACUCCCCAAACAGUUUUGAUGGAAAUAUAUCAUGGCACAAUACAAUUUUGGUUCAAAAUUGCCUUUAGCACAGUCAACUGCGUGUUGCACUUCCUAGAAGUACUAUAAAUUCUGUGCUCUUGAUAAUUGUCUUUUUUACUUCCUGAAAUGAACAGCCUUCAUAACAGAUUAUAGCUAAAUGUUGUUGUUUUUUUUUAAAAAAAAAAAGUCUGGAGAAAGCUUGUUAUUUUAGGUUAAAAAGUGUAAACCAUUUGAGUCAGUAGCAACAUGAUUUUCUGCCUUAAGUGCUGCGUUUUAAUUCUUGUAAGCCAAUAAGGAAGCUGACUGAGAUUUAUAAAAUAGUGCUGAUUCCUGACUGCUUCAAAAUACCUCUACCACAGAGGUCCCCAGCUUUUCAGGCACCAGGGACCGGUUCUGUGGAGAAAGGUUUUUCCACAGACGGGAGAGUGCGUGGUUUUGUGUGCUGCCUGCAUCCCACAGAUGGGGCUUUACUUGUUUGUGCAGACUGGUUGCUGGCAUGCUGUGGCCCGGUACCGGUCCAUGCACCGGGGAUUGGGGACCCCUGCUCUACAAAAAGGGGACAUGUCUUUCUGAGAUGAGGGCCUAUUUCGAAGAUUGAGAGCCCUUCAACAAAUAAACGUGUUAGGCUCCCAUUCACAAAUAUAUACCUGUUGUGAUCAGUAUGCCCACUGUUGUGUGGUCUGGAUACACUUUGUUGUGGAAAUAAAGAAACUGCUGGAAAUGGUAAGCAGCAUGCCAACUUUCCAUUUAAAAUGUAAAUCUGUAAACAAAUUUUGGUAUGAUAGGGACCAAGGGAUAGGAUUAUGAGAAGUUACUGCCAGAAAAUUAUAUUAUCUUGCUGUAUCAACAGCUAUGAGACCUUACUUAUCCUUUUUCUCUUGUACUGACCCUGAGAUUUGAGAGAAAAUGUUUGGGUAAUGAAAAUGUUUGGUGACCAAAAGGAUGUUAGUGGUCAUGAUACCUUUUAAUAGUGCUAGUCUCUCAGGAAAAGCAGCUUUAAAUCAAUGCUUGACUUUUAAAAAAUGAAUGCUGAAUAUUUGUGCUUAUGCGUUUUGUUUUAUCCCUAUUUUCUGUCUUAUUGUGAAGCCUGGUUGAUCUUAAUCUCGCUAAAUAUUUAAUAUCUUCAGAUGAUUGGAGUAGGUAUUUGUGUCUUUCAGAAGAGGUAUGGGAGUUUUCUUGUUUUUACUGUGUAACACAAGAACAAUUUUAAUUGUGAUUUAAAUGAAGGGAGAAUGGAGGCCCAGAAUAACAUUUCUGAGUGAAAGUGUCAGAAUGUUUGUUUAUAGAUUUUUAAAAAUACAUAUUUUGCACUGGCCAUUCUACUGUUGUACAGAAAAAAAUAUUUGCUGUCAUUCAACUUUGUGCCCUGGUAAAACUAUAAAUAAACUUGUUUGUAAAAAAAA